CAACUGACAUUUAGCGUGCGCUCUCUGUAACCUUUACCGCUGUAACUGCUCCCCUGUGGCCAAUUGCGGGGAAACCUGUCAAAGAGAGGUCUAGUGUGAGCUAACUUGCUAUUCUGGACGCCAUUUUAUGUGCGUUGAAUACGAAGGUUCGCCACAAUCGUACUGUAAGAGGACAGACCGGUUUGUUAUCGUGAAAAGAUGGCGGCGGCGAUUUCGGCUAGUUCACCCCGGCGAAGAGGCGGCACAGAGAGUCCGGACAGCCCUCGCCUCCUUUCAGUCAUUUCCGAGGAAUACAGGAACCGUCUGCGGAUACCUGCCUACGAAGAGGCCGACAAAUUCAGCUUUGGACCAGUGUAUGAAGACAGCAUUUUCGAGAUCAUCCACAAAUAUCUCGAGUUGGACACUCACCACAGAGUGGCAUACGUGGGCGAUCCUGUGGGGAGCCUGGCGCAGAAAAUACAGGACCACUUCUGUCUCACACAACCUGUAGUCGCGGUAACACCGGGUAAGGUGCACUACGAACCGACACCCGACAGGAGACGACUUCUCCCGAUCGAAAUCCAGAAUGUCGGUGCCGAACAGUACUUUCGCGAAGCCGCGCAAGACUUCCCUUCGGUCUACAGCGCCGCUCCUUUUGACAGAAUCAUUAUGUUCGACGCCAUAGAACACAUCCAGAACCUACGAGAAACCUUCGGAUACGUCCUGAAAACGCUUCACGAGUUCGGCAAGGUCUUGCUGAUCCAUCGUCCGGGUCCUCUGAACACUUUGCCGUACUUUACGGAUCUCAGUAACAGAGUUAGGGAGUUGGACGUGCCCUACAUUAACAUCUUACAGGACAUACAGGCUUGUAAAGCAGAUGUGGAGUGGGAACUGGAACAGCUACCUGUGGUCAUCCCAAAACUGAAAUGGCUAGCCAUGCUGAAGGAAAAGUUCCCACCUCAGGUUCGAGUGAUGAGCGACUACGAGGUAUCCAACGGCAUCCGUGAGCUGUCAGAGGGCAUGCUGAAGUACCACGGAGAGACGCUAGAGUUCAUCGACCGGCUCAUGUUCAUCACCAUCUCACACCCGCUCUUCGACACCAACUACCCCAGCAUGCAGCGCGCCGGCGGAAGUGCAAUCGUGCCGUUUCCGGGCAUGGAGGAGCUUCAGUUCCAGAUGCCCAUCACAGAGGACCUGAAAAAGUUCUUGGUCAAACCUCCUCCGGAAGAGAGGGUCAAGAGGAUACGCUAGACUCUGGAAAUUUUUAUGAGGGAUGUACGAUUUGGGAAAUGCAAAUUAUACCGGUCAGCAUUCUGUAGAGGCAUCUGCUAUAAUCUUAGUGAACACUUUUCAAUAUCUGAGGGACUUGAAAAGGUUCU